AUGCCUCCCGAUGACCUCCCCGAGGAUUUCUUCCUGCCGGUGGACGCUCCUGACGGGAACGUGUCGGCUCUGAGCCCGUUCCUGGUGCCGCAGACGCACUUGGGCAGCGCAGGUCUGUUCGCGGCCAUGGCGGCGUUCAUGGCGGCGCUGGUGGCGCUGGGGGUGCCGGUGAACGCGCUAACCGUGGCCUGCACCGCGCGCUACCGGAAGCUGCGCUCGCACCUCAACUACAUCCUGGUGAACCUGGCGGUCGCCAACCUGCUGGUCCUGCUCGUGGGCUCCACCACUGCCGCAUACAGCUUCGCGCGCACAUACUUCGUGCUGGGGCCCACGGCCUGCAAGGUGGAGGGGUUCACUGCCACGCUCGGAGGCAUGGUCAGCCUCUGGUCUUUGGCUGUUGUGGCCUUCGAGCGGUUUCUGGUCAUCUGUAAACCUCUUGGCUCCUUCUCGUUCCGCGGCAGUCACGCGCUGCUGGGCUGCGCGGUCACGUGGGUCUGCGGGCUGGCGGCGGCCACGCCCCCUCUGCUGGGCUGGAGCCGGUACAUCCCCGAGGGUCUCCAGUGCUCCUGUGGCCCCGACUGGUACACGACCAACAACCGUUGGCACAAUGAGUCCUACGUCCUCUUCCUCUUCCUCUUCUGCUUCGGGGUCCCCCUCAGUGUCAUCGUGGUCUGCUAUGGGCGCCUGCUGCUCACGCUGCGCAAGGUGGCGCGCCAGCAGGAGCAAUCCGCCAGCACCCAGAAGGCCGAGCGCGAGGUCACGCGCAUGGUGGUGGUCAUGGUCUUGGGCUUCCUCACCUGCUGGUUGCCGUACGCGACCUUUGCCCUCUGGGCCGUGACCCACCGCGGCCGCCCCCUGGAGCCUGCGCUUGCCUCCGUCCCCUCCGUGUUCUCCAAGGCCUCAACCGUCUACAACCCAAUCAUCUAUGUGCUCAUGAACAAGCAGUUCCGGUCCUGCAUGCUGAAGAUGCUGUUCUGCGGGAGGAGUCCCCUGGCGGAUGAUGAUGACGCUUCCGGCUCCUCUCAGGCCACUCAGGUCUCGGCCGUCAGCAGCCAAGUCUCACCUGCCCCAUAGCGGGGACAGACCCACGGCCGGACCCACAGCGGGAC